AGGCGGCGGCGGGCAGGGAGCUCUCUGCGGGCGCAGUGCUGAUCCGCCGGCGGGCGGCCGGGAAUGCGAAGCGAUGGCCGCGGGCGGCUCGGGCAGCGGUGGCGGCGGCAGCGCGGAGGAGAAGACCUACCGCCGCUUCCUCGAGCUGUUCCUGGGCGAGUUCCGCGGGCCCUUCGGGGCAGAGCCGGAGCCCGAGCCGGAGCCCGAGCCGGAGCCUCAGCCGGAGCCGGAGCCGGCGGCCCCCGCUCCUGCUGCCGAAGCUGCGGGCGACGCUGAGGAGGAGCCCGGGGCUGAGGGAGAAGCGGGAGCGGCCGCCGAGACGGAGGAGGGAGAAGGCGGCGAGGGCGAUGCCGGCGACCCUCAGCCGCCCGCCCCGCCGCCGCCGCCCCCGCCGCUGCCCUCGCUGCCCCGGCCGCUCUCGGAGUACAUCACGGAGGAGGAGGUGGAGGGCGAGUGCCUGGACCUCUGCCUGCAGCAGCUCUACAAGUAUAACUGCCCUUCAUUCCUGGCCUCUGCUUUGGCCAGAGCAACUUCAGAUGAAGUCCUGCAGAGCGACCUCUCGGCGCAUUUCCUGCCCAAGCACGUGGACAACGCCGACGGCAUCAUCCAGAUCGAGACAGUGAAGUUGGCCCGUUUAGUUUACAGCAAACUGCAUGAGAUCUGCAGCAACUGGGUGAAAGAUUUCCCCCUGCAGCCCAAGCCCCACCGCUACUACGAGACCUCCAUCCACGCCAUCAAGAACAUGCGCAGGAAGAUGGAGGACAAGCACGUCUGCAUCCCUGACUUCAACAUGCUCUUCAACCUCGAGGACCAAGAAGAACAAGCUUAUUUUGCAGUGUUUGAUGGUCAUGGAGGAGUGGAUGCUGCCAUCUAUGCCUCCAUCCACCUGCACGUGAACAUGGUCCACCAGGAGAUGUUCCAGCACGACCCAGCCGAGGCUCUGUGCCGAGCCUUCCGCGUCACCGACGAGCGCUUCGUGCAGAAGGCAGCCAGGGAGAGUCUGCGCUGUGGAACCACUGGGGUGGUGACUUUCAUCCGAGGGAAUAUGCUGCAUGUGGCUUGGCUGGGGGACUCCCAGGUCAUGCUUGUGAGGAGAGGCCAAGCUGUGGAACUGAUGAAACCCCACAAACCAGAUCGAGAGGAUGAGAAGAAGCGAAUCGAGGCCCUGGGCGGCUGCGUGGUCUGGUUUGGAGCCUGGAGAGUGAAUGGAAGCCUCUCUGUCUCCAGAGCUAUUGGGGAUGCUGAGCACAAGCCAUACAUCUGUGGGGACGCAGACUCUGCCUCCACGGUGCUGGAUGGCUCUGAAGACUACCUCAUUCUGGCCUGUGAUGGCUUCUACGACACAGUCAACCCCGAUGAGGCAGUCAAAGUGGUGGCUGACCAUCUGAAGGAGAAUAACGGCGACAGCAGCAUGGUAGCACAUAAAUUGGUGGCAUCCGCUCGGGAUGCCGGCUCCAGCGACAACAUCACCGUCAUUGUGGUGUUUCUCAGGGACAUGAACGCGGCGGUCGCGGUCAGCGAGGAGUCGGACUGGACAGAGAACUCUUUCCAAGGUGGGCAAGAAGACAACGGGGAAGACAAGGAGAACCAUGGAGACUGCAAACGGCCGUGGCCCCAGCACCAGUGCUCAGCACCUGCAGAUUUAGGCUAUGAAGGACGAGUGGACUCCUUCACCGACAGAACUAGCUUAAGCAUAGGGUCCAGCGUAAACCCCUUGGAUGAUCAAGGCUAUUUAGACCUGACAAAAACAGAAACUAGUACACCUCAGAGUGCCAAAUGUCUGCCACCAGUCCAAGUGUUUAGUCCUGGCAUACCAAAGAGUGCGGGUUCGAUCAGCAGCUCCCCGGUGAAGAGCGAGUCGCCGGAGCUCGGCGCGUCCUGGGGCUGCGAUCCCAGGGAGGACGCCCCUCUGAGCUCGGGUGCUGUGGGGCAGGGCAUCUACAGGGUCAGGGGUUUGUCCCCCGUCUUCUUCGGGCUGGAAGAUGAACUGUUCAAAUCCCUGGGAAAACGAGCUGCGUUCCCUCAUUUCCGGCUCUGCAGCGGGAAGAGGCGGCGAGGAGCCAGGCUCAAACCAAAGUUUCACGCGCCGCUCUGGGCUCAGGAGCCUUCCCAGGGAGAAGGAUGCGGCCUGCCCUUCCCUGCCCGGGGCCGCAGGAGCAGGAGGGCCUUGGCCCGACCCUCCCCGUGGGGGAGGCUGCCCAGCCACGGCUCUCACAGCGAGUGUUUGAUGCGAAGACAAAGUCAUUGUAUACCAGACCCACACCUUCAUCAAUGCUGUAAAAUGUAACCACCCCCUCGUGUUCCCCUGUCAGACUCCCAAAGUAGACAUUCCCAAAAUAAAACUGGCAUCAUCAGAAAGCGAAAAAAAAAAAAAAAAAAAGAGGUGGGCAUUUCCGAACUGUACUCCAGUCCCCUGCCAAGCUCAACCCCUGUGUAAAUAGAACUAGGAAUUAACCAAUGUAGUUGUUUGGAUCUCUAACAAAGUUUGGUGGUGGUGCCACCCCCAGCAAUGCCGCAGCCGCCCGACCACCCGCACACACGAGUGUCCAGCCACAUCCAGCAGGGAGAGCCCAGCAGCCGCUGCACGUGGACAGACAACGCCAGGGCACGGUCCUUAGACACGCAGAAGGUUGCACCUGCCUGAGAAAUGUCUGUGGAGCAAUACUCAAAGAACGAUCUGGGUUAGAACUGCCAAAUUUUUUUAGAGCGGGGGGAAGUUUCCAUAGAGUCGAGGUGUGGGGUUUUUUUUGGGUUUUUGUUUUUCUUUUCGUGUUCUGCUUUCUGUUUAUUCCAGGUGAGCGUUAAGAUGAAUUAGAAAAUUACAUCCACUUUUGCAGGUAGACGACUAAAAGCCAUACAGGGUUUACCAGGUACCUUAGGAAUGGACACACUAAGCUCCUGCUGCUCUGGUCUCAGACUCCCAUCGAGGUACAGACUCAUAAUUUACCUUUGUUUUUUUCCAUGUAAUAUAAAAUGCGGAGUAAGAAGAAAACUUUUUUUGCAGUUUUAAAAAAAAUUAUUUCCUGUGGCUGGAGGCGCAGUGUAGGGAAUUUCGUAUCUUUCUGGUGCUUUUAGUGGCAUUUUUCUCAUUUCUCAGUUUAGGAAAUUGUUCUCAAUGAGUUGAACAUGACUGUGCUUAAUGCUUUGAGCCAACCUCUUCCCACCUUAACUUCAUCUCAGGUCUUAAAAGAACCCAACCCGUGGAGGUGUCCAGUCCCACCCUCUGUCCCUGCGCCCGUCCCAGCGGAGGUCAGGAGCUGUUGGAUGAGCCGUGUGGUUCUGGUGAGGAUUCCCAGGUGGCAAAGGCAGCAUUUCACAGCCAGUGGCAGCAGGAGGGCUGCAGCAGCACUGCCACGGGGUGUGUUCAGGGCGUGCAGGGAUGGAUGCCGGAGCAAUGCGAAGGGGAUGGAAAUCCCGAGGACGCAGCAGAGCAGGGGCUGCGCUGGGGCUUCAGCGGAGGAACUCAGUGCCGGGCAGGGCUCUGCCCCGGCUCCCCCGCACCAGGAGGGACAGGGAGGAACUCAGCCGCCCUUCUUUGCAUCAGCAGCGGCCACCAGCCCCUCCCCGCUCCCGAGGUGAGGUCACACCCCUGGGCGAGCCGCUAAUUGGGAUGUAAAUAAGCGGCCGAUUCCCAUCAGCUCCACUAAGUCCAGAUCCCGUUCCUGCCCUUUGUUACAGCGAUGCAUUGGGAGGAGAACGAACAAAAUAAGUCUUCAUAGGCACUUAGUGAACAAUUGAUACAUUUUAGCAGUAACAAUAGCAGUAUUAGUGUUUAGCUAGAAUUUGCAAAGUAUUUUAAUAUUAAGUAGUCAAGAAAAUUAUUCAACAUGACAAGAUGGCGAGGCUUGAAUUCUGCCAAUUUCCGCUGCUUCUCUCUUUGAUGCACUAUUUUAAAAGCAAUCUGAUGAACAGCAAAAGGCUUUGUGAGCAACCAGGAGUUGGAGUGUGGCUUUAGAUUCCUUUGAUCUUUUUCAGACUUUGUUUUAAUCUUACGGGAUCAUUGGCUCUUAUCUGCCAUCUUAUUCUGCCUUAGCUGUUGUCAACGUUCUCUUUAGCUGCAGCUUCUGUUCCAAGUCAGAUUUACCGAGGAAAUUUGAGAAACCAUGAAAUGGUAAAAUAUGCAACUCUGGGGCAUCUCUGCGGUGCCUUUGUUUUAAAUUAUUCACAGUAAUAAUGACUCACUGAAAGUCCAUCUUUAGCUGACUGUCAUGUUCUGGAGAGAAAGGUGGUGUAAGUGCAAUUCUUGACGUGAGUAAAUUAGAAUGCAAACCCGUCACGGAUGAUAAAACUUCUUCCCAGUCUGCAGGAGCAGUUGAAGAGCACUGGACUGCAUGUGUGCUGUUUUGGGAAGGAUCUAGCUUUUUUAGGUGUGGAUUCAUAAGUGGUAAUUCUGCAACUCAUCCCAUUUAUCUUGCUAGGAGAAAAAAAAAAAAUCCACUAUCGUAGUUGCAGUGUGGUCAGGUAAAACCAUUGUAUAGAUAGAGCAAGUGUUCAUUUCUUCACUAACUGCAUAUUUAUAGAGUAGAUAGGAACCAUUUGUAAGGUAAGUCCUUUAAAGUUCUAUAAUAUUAAAAGUAGUGGUUAUUGGUCUGAUUAUGCUGCUCUUGAUUCUACACACUAGACAAAAAGCAGUGCUUGUGAAAUGCAGUGUUUUCUCUUAAUGCCACUGGUAUAGGAAGUAGUUCCUUCAGUUCAAACUCCUGUGCCCUUAUCUGCUGCUUGCUGACGUAAGCAAUAAUCCCUCUCUAACAGUAUCUAAGUGUUCUGUAUCUCGUACCUUGAUCGUCUAUCUGGUGACAGUGUAAAAUAUUAGGCUAAUAGAGAAGUAUCUCAUUGUAUUUAUUAACUGUUGAUACUGAGAUUUAGUCUGUGACCUGUGUUUUGUAUUUUUAUCGUGUAUCUUAGUGGUGGUGAAAGUUUGUACAACGAAUCUUUCCAAUAAAGAGCUGAAGUAUCCCUUUUCCGCGUUCACACAACCCCGCAUCCCUCUCGGUCGACGUGGUGACCGUGGUUGCAGAAGCAGGAGGCAGCAGUGACAAACAUGACUUCAGUUUUGUUCUCUUUCAGUCGUGGUGGUUUUGAGGAAGGGGCUCGGGGCUGCUUUGCCUGGAGCUGCUCCAAACUCGCUCUUCACUGUGAGCGCCGUGGCUGGGAGGGGCCGCGGUGCUUUUCCAAGCCUGAGGAAUGCAGAGAGCAGAACAGCACCAGGGCAGGGAGCUCUUCACCCAUUCCAUUUGCACUAGAGGUGGGUGGAAAUGCACGUGUGGAACUUUUCUUUACCCAGAAGUGCCAUCCAUUGUCCUUGCGAGUGAGAACCGUUCCGUAGCCGGGCUGUUGAGCGCGGCGGCGCUGGAGGACAAUGUCCAAGCAGACUUUACCUUACACCACGUUUCUGGUGGUGCAUCAUCCUAGAAACUCCGCCUGUUUUUGGAGCACUGUGUGUCGGUUGUCCCAUGGGCAGAUGAGGCACAUGGAGUUGUGUGCACAGACAUGGCUGCUGUAGUUCAGGUCCGCUCUCUCCUCACCAAAUCCUCCUGAUCCCAAGAUUCUGCGGGAAUAAAGCAAAAUGAGAAAGAUUGGUCUAAAUUAGGGGCUGUUUUAGCACAAUUUCUUCACUCGGCACUUAGUCACAUAAACAAAGCCAUCCAAGGGGAUACUGCAGCUUUGUUCAUGUCUGUAAUUUAGGGCAAUCUUUCUUUAAUUCACAUCCUCUUUGCAACAGGAACAAAACUUUCUACCCUCGUAUCAUGUGCAAUAAUAAGGAAGCAUUAACAGGACCCUGAUGUCCGUGCCCCUCUGCAGCCCUGGCAGCUCGGCCAGGGCACUUUAAAGCCCUUGCCCCAUUACAGACAAACAAGCCCCACCUGUCAGGGUCUCGUACAACCCUCGUCGUGUCCGGUUUUCCUCUCCUUCCCUCUGAAGACACCUCGGGACGAGAAUGGGGGAGGUGGCUGAGCUCACCCCGAGUGCUGCUGCUCGUGGCCAGCCAGGCACGGUCUCAGCUCCUGGGUGCUCCUGCUGACCUUUGUGUAGCACCUUGUUCAUGAAACAUGUUCUUUAUGAAGUGAAUAAAUUCAAGCUAAAUCAUGUACCAGUGUUGGGACUUCUCCAUUUGCAAUCUUGUUCUACAGUUCACCCGCGAGUUUAGUUCUAACCAUGUAUUAGUCAUCCAUAUUUUAUUUAUGAAAGCUGUUUAUACAGGAAAAACUGUUGAAGUUUUACCAAUAUCUUAAUAAAACAGUAAUUUAAACCACA